AUCAGUAUCGAAACAAUGAGAACUUUGUGCAGAUCGACAAUUCUGCUGACCAUUGGGUUAGUCUUCCUCAUCCCAACUGAUGCCUUGCGCAUGCGUGGCGAUGAGCAAUUGCCCGGUUUGGCGGCCCUCAAUAAACGGAGACCCACUGAGGAUGAGAUGACGGCCAGCAAAGGGCCACAGGGUCGUGUGGUCGGUGGAACAACAGCUGCUUUGGGAGAAUGGCCAUGGAUUGUGACCCUACAGAAUAUCUAUUCAUUUCACUUUUGUUCCGGAGUCAUAAUUAGUGAGAAUUGGGUUAUCACUGCCGCCAGCUGUGUUUCCGGUUUGAGACCACGAAAUGUUCUGGUUGUGGUCGGCACUGUCGACUGGUGGGAUUACACUGCCGUCUACUACAAUGCGGAUGCCAUUCAUGUCCAUUGUAAUUUCGAUAAUCCGCUCUAUCACAAUGACAUUGCUCUGAUCCAUAUCUAUGGAGAAUUCGAGUUUGAUGAUUAUAUCGCAAAUGCUACUCUGGCUGAUAUCGAUGAGCUGCAAGAGGGUGAUAAGCUGAAAUUCGCUGGCUGGGGUAGUUCGUCAGCUACUGGAUCCUAUGAGCGUUACUUGCAGCAAGCCGAAGGCACCUACUUGCCAGUAGAACAAUGUCGAUCGGAUUUAGGUGAUACCGAGGACGUGGAUUAUGGUCAUGUUUGUGUCAAACUAAAUGCUGGCACCGGAGCUUGUCAUGGAGAUGCUGGCGGACCGUUGAUCGAUGAGCAGAACCGCGUUGUUGGCUUUGGCAAUUGGGGUGUUCCCUGUGGCUAUGGAAGACCGGAUGUCUAUGCUCGAGCUGCCUUCUAUAAUGAUUGGAUUCGCACCACAAUCAAUGGCUGCGGCAGUGCCUAGUCAUGCCCAGACAUUGGUUAACAUUAUCAAUUGUUCGAUUUGCAGUGCUGAUUUAAUAAAUAUAUAAAAAUUUUGGGAUUUAUGAGACCAGCA